CUUUCGGCGGAUGUUGAUAUUUUGAUCCGGAUUUCGGUACCGUCGUUUCUCUUCUCGGCCGUGCGAUCAGCGUUACUGCAAAUAUUUGCGUAACGAGUGCGAAACACGGUCUUUCUCGGCGCUUCUUUCGGGAAGCAUAGAGGCCGAGGAGGGGGAGAUGAUGGAGGACUUUGACGAGAUUUACGAGGAAGAGGAAGAAGAGGACGAGGACAGGGCCGCGGAGGAGCAGCUGCUCAAAUAUGCUCCGGACCCGGUGAUAGUGCGCGGAUCCGGACACGUCACUGUGUUUGGACUGAGCAAUAAAUUUGAGUCUGAGUUCCCCUCAGCCCUAACAGGGAAGGUCGCACCAGAGGAGUUCAAAGCCAGCAUAAACAAUGUGAACAGCUGUCUGAGGAAGGCUCUCCCAGUCAAUGUGCGCUGGCUGUUGUGCGGCUGUCUGUGCUGUUGCUGUACACUGGGCUUUAGUCUGUGGCCGGUCAUCUGUCUGAGCAAGAGGACACGCAGAUCCAUAGAGAAGUUACUGGACUGGGAAAACAACAGAUUGUAUCACAAGCUAUGUUUGCAUUGGAGGCUCAGCAAAAGGAAGUGUGAAACCAACAACAUGAUGGAAUAUGUCAUCCUGAUAGAGUUUCUACCCAAGAUUCCCAUCUUCAGGCCGGAUUAGCUGUGGCGGGCCAGAGCUCGUCCCUCCGGCGUGGUCUUCCUGAGGUGCCUUUCUCCGGUACAGUCAUGGGUUUUAUCAUGUGGCGUCGUCCCAUCUCCCUCCAAACUCUGAGCCAGCGACUCACAGCACUCCUCACCGAGAAAGCACUGUUUACAACCCACAUACACACAGACUGAUUCUGGUUUUGCGAGCGCAUGAAUACAUACAGAGUGACCUUUACUGUCACAUGGUACACAGAGCCAGCGAGGAGGCCACGGAAAAUCACUUCUAAAGCUCCAAACCGGAACGUCUACUAUACCUUAAUUAAAUCACACACACCGUCUGCAUACUAGCUAAGUGACUUUCUUUUGCCGACAACAACCAUCACUGUGGAACGGAUCAGUGAAGAAUGGCUCGAGGAAGUGGCAACUGUAGAAUUAAACUCUUUUACUGUAUUCAUUAAAAAUAUGGAUGUUAGGAAUGAUUCAUAUGGAUUUUCAGUUAGCUGGGAGCCAAAUGGACCCGGUCAAUGCACAAUGCAUAGUUCCCCAUCCCUCCUUCUCACAAAUGAUCAUCCAGAUACAAAGACAAUCAACCACUGACUGUGCCACGCAGCAUCUAGACUCUGACAGGACUUUUGAGUCUAGUUGAAGUCACUGACCGGAUGCGGGAAGUGAUGCAGCACAGAUCAGAUUUGUUUGCUUUUGAGUAUUAUUUUUGAGUAUUUUUUUAAAUCCUUGUUUACUUGCUCGGUUUAAAAAGGCGAGCAGCAAAUAUUUGUCUCUUGAUUUGUGUGGGUGUGGGUGAUUAUUUCAGUCUGUCCCUGAGAUAUUUAGUUUGUAAUUUUGUUCACAAGUGAGACCAAACAUUUAUAGGUUUGUUGGGUCACUGAAAAAGUUAAUUCAUUACAGCAAAUUAUUGGGGGUCAUGCAAAAAUAAAAAAGUUUUUAAAAUAUCAGAGUUUCUCCGGGGCGGUAUAGGCUUUUUUUUUUUUUUUUGUUAAAUAUUUUUUACUUAAUUAGUUUUUUCAUCAUUGUUUCAAUCCUGGGUCAGGAGUCCUAUGCAGACAUUUUCUCGUAGUGGGCUAUAUUUAUGUAAAUGUAUCCAGUUGUAGGUUAAUAAAACAGUUAUGUCCCAAUACUCAAUAAAACAAUUGGUUAUUAGAUCUUAAAACUUGAAAUUUAUAAAGUGUGUGUGUAUGUGUGUGUGAUUACCAAUAUUAUUACUGAAGUUACCAUUUCCUAUCUCUCGUCUGAUGUCAUCCCAAAUCCCAGGGACAUCGUCUUUAUUUUUCAAAAAUAAUUUCAGCGUAUUUAUGUACAAUGUAUGUACAGAAAUAAAAUAUGCCCAACUUGA